CUUUGACCCUGCAACCCUUCCCUUCUUAAACAAUAACCUGUAGUCUCUUAUACUUCACUUGGAAGGAGUGCUAUACCCCAAAGCAUAGAUAGAAAUUUGUAUAAACUUAACUAUACAAACUCUAAGUUCAUUAAUUUCGGAGAAUUCAAAAGUUUGAUUGAAUUUACCACUAGGGCUCGUACACUUUCACACAAUAGUGUUAAGAGAAGAAGAAAGGAUGAAUGUAGAUUCCAUAUUUCAAAAGGCAAAUGAAUCGAGUAAAAAAAGAACGAUCGAUGAACCAAGCGCCACUGAGAAGUCGUUGAGCAAACGUCGAAUGGACGAACCGGAAUUGCAAGAUAUAGAAGACGAAGAAGAAUUUGACGAAGAAGGUGGUCGCUUUUUUGGAAGUGGUUUAAGUGAAAAGGAGAAGGAAAGUCUACAAUUUUUGGAUCAGAAUGAGGAAAAAGAAGAACCUGUAAUACUAACACCUAAUGAAUUAAAAAAGAAGGUUGUGAAGUUGGAGAAAGUUUUGAACCAGAAUCAAGAGCUUCGUUCAAAAUACCCAGAGUCCCCCGAGAAGUUCAUCGAGUCAGAAGCUGACUUGGAUGAGGAAAUUCGUUCUUUCAACCUCUUGUCCGAAUAUCCCAGCCUGUUUCCUUUGUUUAUAAAAUUGGGAUGUGUCACUACAUUCUUAGAGCUUAUGACUCAUGAAAACGCAGAUAUUAUGAUUACGGUACUGGAUAUGUUUCUCGAAUUAACUAACGAAGAUAUCGAUGAGGAUGCCUUGAGUUCCUUGUAUGAAGCUUUAAUACAAACAGGAUUUUUGCAAGUGCUUUCCAACGGAAUUAAGAGGCUUGAUGAAAAAAAUGAAGCUGAUAGGCAUGGCGUAUACGCCAUUUUAUCACUUUUAGAGAACCUUAUUUCAAUUGACAAUGAAGUAUGCUCAACAGUGGCUCAGAAAACCGACAUGCUACAAUGGUUGUUACAACGCAUCUCUGUUUCUGAAACGUAUAUUACAGCCAAUUUACAAUAUUCGGUUGAAAUUUUGGCUAUCUUCCUUAGUCACUCCCAAGAUGCCCGCAAAAAGGUCUGUGAACUAAAUGGUAUAGACUUAUUACUACGAAGAAUAAGUCCCUACCGUUUACACGACCCGUCCCAAGGGUUAGAAGAAGAAACAAUGGAAAAUGUUUUUGAUUGUUUGUCUAGUCUUACCCAGGAAACAUACGGAAAAGACUCAUUCCUGAAGGAAGAAGGAAUCGAACUAUGUAUUUUAAACAUGAAGUACAAGGGAAAGAGUAGAAAUUCAUCAUAUAAAGUUAUCGAUUACUUAUUAUUUGGACCUCUUUCGAUGCCCUAUUGCCAGCAUUUUGUUCAGGCUGGAGGAUUAAAAUACAUUUUUUCUGCAUUUAUGAAAAGUGAAAGCUCGGAAACGGUAAGCCAUCUAUUAGCUAUCUUUUGCUCCUUGUUUCGAUCAUUACCAGCGGAUACGAUAGAAAGAAUGCGGUUUUUCAGAAAAUUUUCUGAAAAUAAUAACGAGAAAACGAAAAGAAUCGUUUCAAUUUAUCGAAAAUUACACGUGGACUUGGAGAAAAUCAAUAAGCAAAGAGACUUAGAUCAAACACCUGAAACAGAAGAAAAGUCCACCCGGUGGUUCUUAGUACAAAUAGAUCAUGGGCUGUUUUCGUUUCAAUCAGUGGUUGUUAUUCUAAGCUGGUUAUGUGUUGAGGACAAUGACAUGUUAGAAGUCAUUAGGUCGCUUUUCAAGGACGCUAAUUUUCCUCUGAACGAUUUAAAGGAAAACUUGCUCGCAUAUCAUGAAAGCUUGGAAGAUCCUUCGGCUCAAAAUGAAGAAAGUGAUGAUAUGUAUAGAAUUGAAGAAAAGCCUAUGGUUACGGCUUUAUUAGAGGCAUUUCCCGAAGACUAAUAUGUUUAAUGGCUAGACUUAGCUAAAGGAUACAUGGAUAAAUGAACGGAAAUUAUUAUAUAUUAAAUGCCAGAAAUAAAAAGAGACUAUAUAAAUUAGGUUAAUCAUUUUGAUUUAAAUUUCAAAGGAAGAGGACCAAGAAUUCUUAAUCGGCCAAAUGAGAGUACUCUGUUUCCAAAAGUUUUUUUUGGAAAAACUUUUCAAGGCGGUCGGCGUUUUUGUAAUAAGUAGUGCUUGGAUCAUUAUAUUGUCGGCAAUUAUUAAAUAUUAACUUUGCGUCUCGAAUGAAUUCUUCAACAGAUUCAUACUGGUUAUUAUGAAGUCGAUACUCCAUAGUAGAUAAAUCCACUGGAUGCUCAAUGACUUCGUAGUAAUCGGGAACAUCUUCUCUGUUCACAGGUUGAGCAAACGGCCAAGAGGAAGGAUGGUUUUGCAUUUCAGUAAAAAGCAUUUCUAAUACGGCGAAGAAUGGCUUGGGCUUUGGUUGUUUGGCAAGUUCCUCCAUUUCCUUGCACCAUCCGACUUCCAUCAAACCUGGAACUUGGUUUGGUUCGAUAUGUGCGGGUCCGUUCUUGAAUACUUCCAGUCCGGGAUAAACGAUGUUGGAGCGAGUGAGUUUGUUGAUUUUUGAAAUAACAGCUGCUUUUUGAAUAGCUAAAAUUACAUUCGCUUCCAAGUAUUUAAUCUUUGGGAGCAUGGUACACUGCAUCAAAGUACCACCUUCGUAAUCUUUUAUAUAGCCCAUCCAUAUUUCUUUCGGCAAGGUGAUUUCUUUGGUAAAUCCUUGCUUUUUAAAAUAACCAAUGGCAUAGUUAUCGGCAUAUGUGAGGAAAUGCUGGACUUUGGAAGUUCCACGAACGUAAUCUUUUAAAUGAUUCAUUAAAUGUGAGCCAUAACCUCGUACCUGUUCAGUAGAAGCAAUCGCACAAAAAACAAUUUCGGCAAAUUGACGUUGCUCAAAGGGACGGUAGGUGAUGCCACCCACAACGUGCAAGUUAUCUUUCACGAUGGUCAUGGACAGGUGAUUUCUGUCGUAAAUAAGUCUUGUAAUAUAUUCCUUUGGCAUUUUAGGUAAUUGCUUCAUGAAGAUAUUUUUUAGACCUGUCAACAUAAUAAAGCUUUCAGGAUUACCGUCAUUUGCUACCACACGAAACUUAAUGAUUCCUCGUUUUUCUUCCAAAGCAGCAGGCUUUUCCAAAAUCUUAAGUUGUCCCAAAUCAAAGUCUACUUUCAGGUCAGACGAAAGCAAUCUUCGACGUUUGGAAGUCGCUGCAUCAUUUCCAUUUAUGGCCUGAGAAGAUUGCAACUGUAUUUCAGAGUCCGUUUCUUUUCUCUCUUCCUUGAUGGUAGUAGGCUUAUCAAUUUCCAUAGCCGUAUGGUUUUCUUCCUCCUCGUUGUAGUGAUGAUUUGGAUUCAUCGUACUUUCAAAUAACUCUUUUAUUUGUUUACAGCCCUGAAGUCCAGUCCACCCCAAACCGAAGAAAAGAAAGCAAUCAAACAAGAUAUCUCCCCACAAAAAUAUGCAAGAAAACAGGAAUCACGUUUCGUACAACAAAACACUUAUAAUACGCUGACAAUGAUAGUUUUUCUUCGUUUUCGUUACACAAAACUAUGAGUAGUAAACGGAGACACAACAAAGAGAAAGUUAUAAUAGAGUACUCAAAAUGAAAGCAUUUUCUUCGAAACCGUCAACCAAAACUUACAAAAACC